CUGAGGGGAAGAGCCUCCUGACUACAGUAUUGUAGGCCAUAGCUACUUUCUAUACUUAUAUCUUGAGGCAAUUGAACGGAGCAUGUCGUCCAAAGCAGCUUCCGUUCUGCGGAGAGCUCUUCUCUAUGUACCAUCCUCCUCUCCCAGGUUCCUGGAGAAGUCCAGAGGUCUCACAGUAGACACCGUUUCCUACGAUCUCGAAGACUCCGUCACACCCGCCCAGAAGCCGGCCGCAAGGAAGAACAUCCAGGACUUCCUCUCCCAACCCCGCCCACCACACAUCAACGAGCUCAGCGUACGCAUCAAUGCCGUUUCCUCGGGCCUCGCGCUCGACGACCUGACCUCCGUCCUCCAAGCACCCAAUCUAGACGCCCUCGUUAUCCCCAAAGUCAACCGCGCCUCCGAUCUCCAUUUUGUCACUGACGUGCUCCGCCAUGCCUUGCCCGAGCGACACUCCGCCUCCUCGACAAAUCCGCUCAAGCUUAUCGCCCUGAUUGAAUCCGCAGAGGCUAUCACGAACCUGAAUGAGAUUUGCAAGGCCUCCCCCUAUCUAAGCGGCUUGAUAUUCGCCGCCGAGGAUUUUGCCCUCGAUUUAUCUCUCACGAGAACCCCCUCGUUGAUGGAAUUCCUCUAUGCCCGGUCUGCCAUUGCGACAGCUGCUCGCGCUCACGAUUUGCCUUCUACUAUUGAUUUGGUCUGUACUUCUUUCCGGGGGCCGGAAGGACUCAAGACACUGGAGCAGGAAUGUUUGCAAGGCAAGGGAUUGGGGUUCAAUGGGAAACAGUGUAUACAUCCGAGUCAGGUUGAGGUGGCACAGAGAGCAUUUGCGCCGGGAGAGAAAGAGGUAGAAUGGGCGAUGAGAGUAGUGAUUGGUGACGAGAAGGCCGAUGCUGGUGGUAGAGGAGCGUGGACUUUGGAUGGGAAGAUGAUUGACGUACCUGUGGUGGGAAAGGCGAAGGCAACGGUUCAGAGAGCACAAUUAUGUGGAAUUGAUGUCGAUGCCAUUAGAGAAAAGUGGAAACAUCAGGAGCCAGAAUAAUCGAAUAAAACUGUGUACCUGAGACGUGUGUGUAGUAAUGUGGGAUAUUCAUUAGAUGGAAUACGUUAGGAAACCUAAGUAUAGAAGCGUGGUAAGACGUAUGAAGCCCAUCAAUAGGAACGAUAAGGCCGCCAAAAUCCU